GGCGUUCCCUAGAUGGCGCUCGUCGUCGUUGGCGCUGCGCAUGCUCGCGCUCGGGGGGCGGCGCGCGCAGCCGCGGUUCUAGCCGCGGGCCGCCGUUCUGUGCCGCCAUGGGGACUCUUGGCCGCGCUGAGCAGGCUGCUUCGCCAGGAGAGCCCCGGGCGAGCAGCCGCGGCUGAACAGCGAGGCCGGCCCCCCCGAGGGAUGGUGCGCUCGGCGCGGCGCGCUCUGCUGUAGGCCGUCGCGCUGCCAUGUCCACGCGCAGCCAGGACCCCGCCGCCGUGCCGCUGGCCGGCUCGAGUGGACUCCAGCAGCGCCGCUUCACCGGAAGAUCUGCCGAUCGUGCCGCUUCUCCCGAAGGUACGGGAAACAAAGGGUCCGACAACGAUGACGUGGACGAAGAGACAGAAGUUAAAAAUUUCAAGUAUUGGGCAAACAAAAUCGGGCACGUGUUCAAGAAAGUGCGGCAGACCAAGAAACGAAGAAAAAGCAGCUACGGAUCCCUGUUCUCCUCAUUAGACAGCGAGAUUGAUGAAUUAGAAGGCCCAACUGUGCACUACAAGCCAGAAGCAAUUGAAACGCUGUGUCAGCUCACUAAAUUCAAUAAGCGAGAGCUGCAGCUAAUGUACAGAGGCUUUAAACAGGAAUGCCCGUCUGGGAUGGUUAAAGAGGAGACGUUUAAGAUAAUCUACUCACAGUUCUUCCCAAGAGGUGCAGAUGCUAGUCAGUAUGCUCAUUUCGUCUUCAAUACCUUUGACCAGGACCACACUGGGGCAAUAACAUUCACGGACUUUGUCAUUGGACUGUCUGUGCUUUCCCGGGGUUCACUCCAAGAGAAACUCCGGUGGACAUUCAAUCUCUACGACAUCAAUGGCGAUGGCUACAUCACCAAAGAUGAGCUUGCUCGGAUUGUUAAGGCUGUUUACGACCUCAUGGGAAAGGCUGUGGAACCCAUGGUGGAAGAAAACACAACAAGGGAACACGUUGAAAGGGUGUUUCAGAAGCUCGACCUCAAUAAGGAUGGCGUUGUCACAAUUGAUGAAUUUAUGGAUUCUUGUACAAAGGAUGAGAACAUUUCAAAGUCCAUGUCCGUAUUGGACACUAUUCUGUGAUGCUGCAAAUGUGUAAAAAAAAAAUGAGCAGCUGAAUUCUUUGUUCAACGGCGAGUGCACACGAGAGCGGAUGCUGUAGGCAGUCAGAAAGUACAGCCCUAGUGGCCCUGCUCAUCGGUGCCUAGUCUCAAGCCAGCGCUCCAUCAAGACAGCAACAGCGCGAGUGACCCAUAACUCGUACCUCCUCAAGUGCCAAGUUACCAUUGUGGGUCUUUGCAGCAGGUUGCUGUGUGCAUGGGGAUAAGCUGAGGUUGGCUGGUACUUGCUGCUGAACAUCCGAAGCGUGUGGAACAGUGUGCGCCGUUUUUCGGUUUUAAUGUUGCCAGGGUAUUGGCAGUUGAAUUUUGGAACUGUGAAUAAACAUGCCAAACAGGCAGGUCUGUGACCAGCCUUGCUUGGUGGGGCGAAAUUCUUCCACAGCGAAAGUAAUCAGUGAACUGUUGCACUUUGCCAUUAUAUCAUUGCUUUUCUUGGCUGUCAUAUCUCUGAUUGCAUCUUAAUUGUCUCCUGAGUUGCGCAUGGCUCUCUGCUUUCUCUUGGCUUGGUUAGGUUAGAAAUUUUCACGCAAGUGACGUUUUAUUUCUUGGUACCAGGCCACACUGCUCACAGAAAUCAUUUAAUGAAUACUGGUGGCUGGUAUAUUUCUUGUACUUACUAUGUAGCAGAGAUAACAUCAUUUGGGCUUUGAAAUUCUGUAGGAAGAAAGGAUCCACCCCUGGGUAAAGAAGGUAGCAAGUCCUUGUACCUGACUCAUUGCACAUUCUACGGUCACCUGCUGCUUGUGCUUCUAUAUCAUUUUCUUUUUGGCUGGCAUAUUGAUAACAGCUUACAGGAAAGCAUUUCUUUUGGUUAACAUAAGCAUCAAGUGUAGCUGAGCCCCACAUCUGUGCGAGACAUAUUAAUAAUGAUUAUUAGUCAUAUUAAUUACUACAAAUAAUCAAUGACAUAGUAAAUAAUUAAACAAUUAUUACAACCAAACAUUUAAUUGAAAAUUAAUUAAAAUGACAUUAAUUAACCAAAAUAAUCAUCACUGGCUUCUCUUUUUAAUCAUAGUAACCAGACUAACUGUAUUAACACAAGUUUAAGCACCCCCCUUUUCCAUGUCCUGGAGCCUCAAACUAGGGCAGGAUGCCAAGAACAGAAGUAUGGAUACUCAUGUUCAACAGUCUGCCUUUCUUCUCAUUUAACUUUAUUGAAAGAGAGGUGUGGGUUUGAGGGGUGCUUCGCAUCAUUGUGAACGUGAAUUCAUAUUCAUGCAAUACUUUAUUUUAUUCAGAUACAUUCCAUGCAUUUUACAUAUUGGAAUCGCAUUCUCUCUGCCUAAGUUCAACUGCCUAAGACAAUUUUUGCAACUGAAAUUAAAUGCCAGCCUUAUUUUUUUUUUCUUGUAGAGCAUGCACUCUUGCAUAAUUUUUGUACACUUUUGGGACAAGUAAAGACAUGCUUCUUAUUUCACAGUCAGACACUUAUGUGCGCUAUUACAUACACUUAAUUUAUUAUGUGCUGGUGUGAAUCCUCUCCUGUUAUGGCACAAGCAGAGGUAGGCGCUCAAGGUAUCUUCACAUCUGUUUUACUAGAAGCUGCAACAGACUACAGGUGAUUUUAAUAAGGUGUGUCCCAGAUUAAUUUCUAACUUUGGUGGAUUGGAAUGUGCCAUAAGAAGUAAUACUGUAAAAAAAUCAGCCCAUAAUAUUUUGGCCUUUGUUAUGUGCAUUAGACACUACUUACUUCUAUUUUUUUUAUUUUUUCCACCAAUGUCCUUUUUGUUAUGUUCACCUAUACUCUGUUAUCCACUGCUGAGUGUAUAUGUACAUUGUUUCAGGUGGUAACUUUCAUUCUUUAACACGCAGUUUCUGACCAGGAAAAUGCUGGUCUGUACUUAAUGCUUCCGUGCCCUUCACUGUACAAGGGCCUCACUGAGGUGAUGUCAAUGUGGAAUUGAUGUGCCAUUUCAACCGAGCAAGCCCAUCAGUGGUGGGUAUGUGCAUCACAGGCGUGUUCUUGGCUGCUGUCUACCGGUCAGGGCAGCAUUGCACACUCUACAUAUCUCACUUUGUUCAUGCUUUGCCAGAUUGGUGCAUGUCGGCACAAGCGGUUCCUUCGGGAUGGUCGAAGGGCAGCAAAGUGCCCCUUUUGGGAAUCUUCCAUGUGAGAAGUACACUGCUGACAGAUGAAAGGUUGGCUUAACAAAGUGCAUUGCCAUGACCUUGCCAGGUGGCAAGCCUUUUCAUUUAAAUGACCUUGCAAAUACUCUAAUUUAUUUUUCUUCCAUUUUAGAUAUUAAAGUAUACUUUGACGCAGCUUUUUGCCUGGCUCAGCAUAAGAAUGAAAGUGUGUUAUUACAAAUGACCCAGCAGCUGUUUGCUGACACAUAGUGGUUACAUUGUUUCGAAAGCUCGAAUGGGUCUUGUUUGUACACACAUUGAUAUAUAAAUAUAUAUAUAUAUAUAUAUAAAUAUAUACAUAGCAGAGCAAUCAUACAGUGGGCCAAGGACUUUGUUUCAGAGAAGCAAAUGCCACUGUCUGCCAAACAAUGUUUCUCCCUUUGAAGUACUGGAUUACAGUGAAGACAUGUUUAUGUUUUGCGCGUAGAUAGGUUUACAAAUGUUUCCCUCUUCAGCCUUGUGAAAAAGUUGGUCAUCUGCGAAUAUGGUCUGCAACUAGAAGUGUCACUACUGUUGGAAAACUUCUCAUGCCAUGGAGUAUGUUUGUCAUAGUGCAGCUGUUACUGUAUGAAUGUCAUUUCCCAUGUUUCGUCGGCAAUCAGGAGUAUGUGCUCCACUCUUCAUUAGCCAAUUUUUACGUAAAGAGAUUGAUGCAUGUAAACUGCUCCCCGUUUCUCUCUUCUAUACAUGCUAAAUUUUAUAACUAUAAUCUCUUUAGGCUGUAGGAGACUCAUUUAUUUCCAUGCUUCAUCUAUUUCAAUGCAGCAUUUCCUAAAUUUAAGCUGGGUGAACAUGGCCCUUAUUUUUUUGUGCACACUUUUUUUUUUCAACAGUAGAGUUGUGCGAUGGUUCACCUAAAGAGGUGUAAAGGCCUGUUUCUUGUGCUAAUACCAUUUUUCUGAUUUAAAUCAUUGGUGUUUAAAGCACUGUGCAGAUUCUUUUGGUUUAAUUUUCCUUGCAGCUCAUUGGUGUAAUGCAGUAGCUGAUGUUUUCUUCCUUUUCUUUCCACAAGUGUAAAAAGGGUCUCUUGUUCCACGUGAUAAAAUGCUCUGUUGAGAUAUUUUUUGCAAGUGCUGUCUUGGUGACAACACAAAAACUGGAGCAGUGUUUCUUUCAGCACUUCAGCCAUUUGUAUUUGGUACAUUUCAAUUGUAAUAAAUUCUAAUGUAUAUGUAUAUAUGAUAAAGCUACAAAACAAACAGACUGCAACAACUGUGUCAUAAAAUUUCCUUACUCAAACA